AUGAAUGGACCGUUAUCGCCAUAUUCAUCGCAGCGCAAUAGUAGGGGCCCGUUCGCUGCCGGUCGUGUAGCUCCGCCAAUCUUGGAAAAUCCCAAGGCAGAAGUCUACAGUGCUGAUGCUCCAACUCGAGGACAGGCCUAUGCCUUCCCAGAUCCCGACAGCAAACCCGCCGAUCACAACAGCAGACCCGGCUCCACCUUCUCGCGACGCAACAGCUAUGCAGAAUCAUAUGCCAGUAGCAUUGUCACCAUGGAGUCAUCCCGCUACCCUCCAGGCCAACAAGAACUGCCAGAUUCGCAUCAUCAUACCUUGAUGAACAAACAGCUGGACAGUCUUCGCCAGGACCCAGAUUCCCCGAACGGCGCGACUCCUUACAGUAGAACACCGGAACUCCGAGUUACGCACAAGUUAGCCGAGCGCAAACGUCGCAGUGAGAUGAAAGAUUGCUUCGAAAUGCUUCGUCAACGUCUGCCGGCCAAUCAGAACAACAAAUCCUCAAAGUGGGAAAUACUCUCCAGGGCUAACGACUAUAUUGACGGCCUCGAGAACAAUGUCAAGAAGUCACGCAUCGAAAUUGAGGCAGCUAGACAUAGAGAACACGAGCUCGAAAAGCAGGUCCAACAGCUGAAAGAACAGCUCCAGAGAUCUCAGCACCAAGGAUCCUAUCAGUCAUCGACUCCCUACAAUUCGAGCUACCAAAAUGGCAUCGAUAGCAAUCAUGAGCAGGGUCGCACUCUGCCUCCCCUCACCAACGGCGCUAUGCAGGGCGUGCACUAUUCCAAUGCGCCCUCUUCGCAUCCGCCUGAACGAAGAUAG